GGGGAUCGGUCCGGGGGAGGCCUGGGGCCGCUGGGUUUUACGCGAUCUCCGCCGCCCCCCCUUUUCGCCACCGCCGCCGCCGCCGCCCCGGGCAUGUCGUCCAACUGCACCAGCACCACGGCGGUGGCGGUGGCGCCGCUCAGCGCCAGCAAGACCAAGACCAAGAAGAAGCAUUUCGUGUGCCAGAAAGUGAAGCUAUUCCGAGCCAGUGAGCCGAUCCUCAGCGUCCUGAUGUGGGGGGUGAACCACACGAUCAAUGAGCUGAGCAAUGUCCCAGUCCCUGUCAUGCUAAUGCCAGAUGACUUCAAAGCCUACAGCAAGAUCAAGGUGGACAAUCAUCUCUUCAAUAAGGAGAACCUCCCCAGUCGCUUUAAAUUUAAGGAGUACUGUCCCAUGGUGUUCCGAAAUCUCCGGGAGAGGUUUGGGAUUGAUGAUCAGGAUUACCAGAAUUCAGUGACACGCAGCGCCCCCAUCAACAGUGACAGCCAGGGCCGAUGUGGCACACGCUUCCUCACCACGUAUGACCGGCGCUUUGUCAUCAAGACUGUGUCAAGUGAGGAUGUGGCUGAGAUGCAUAAUAUCCUAAAGAAAUACCACCAGUUCAUAGUGGAGUGUCAUGGCAACACCCUUUUGCCACAGUUCCUGGGCAUGUACCGCCUGACUGUGGAUGGUGUGGAGACCUAUAUGGUGGUUACAAGGAAUGUGUUCAGCCAUCGGCUCACUGUACAUCGCAAGUAUGACCUCAAGGGUUCUACUGUUGCCAGAGAAGCAAGUGACAAGGAGAAGGCCAAGGACUUGCCAACAUUCAAAGACAAUGACUUCCUCAACGAAGGGCAGAAGUUGCAUGUGGGAGAGGAGAGUAAAAAGAACUUUUUGGAGAAACUGAAACGGGAUGUCGAGUUCCUGGCCCAGCUGAAGAUAAUGGACUAUAGCCUGCUGGUGGGCAUUCAUGACGUGGACCGGGCAGAGCAGGAAGAGAUGGAAGUAGAGGAGCGGGCAGAGGACGAGGAGUGUGACAAUGACGGGAUGGGGGGCAACUUGCUCUGCUCCUAUGGCACACCUCCAGAUAGCCCUGGCAACCUCCUCAGCUUCCCUCGGUUCUUUGGCCCUGGGGAAUUCGACCCCUCUGUUGAUGUCUAUGCCAUGAAGAGCCAUGAAAGUGCCCCCAAGAAGGAGGUCUAUUUCAUGGCCAUCAUUGAUAUCCUCACGCCAUAUGAUGCUAAGAAGAAAGCUGCACAUGCUGCCAAAACCGUGAAACAUGGGGCGGGAGCUGAGAUCUCAACUGUGAACCCUGAGCAGUACUCCAAACGCUUCAACGAGUUCAUGUCCAACAUCCUGACGUAG